AUGACUUGCCAAGCGUUUGCUUCAUCCGACAAUUUUGUACCCUUGAAUUCUGACUCUUCUCCCUCCCUGCCUCUGAUAAUGCAUCACAGCGCAGCAGAGUGCCUGCCCGUUUCUAACCAUGCGACCAGUGUUGUCUCCACAGUCCCGUCUGUUUUGUCUUUGAUACAAACUCCUAAAUGUUCCCAACUCCAUUUUGCUGUGAUGACUUCGGGACAUGUGUCAGCAGGACUUCACUACUCUGUGCCCUCCUGUCACUAUGGAAAUCAACCCUCUACCUAUGGGGUGAUGACAGGUAGCCUGACUCCUUGCCUUUAUAAGUUCCCUGAGCAUGCCCUGAGUGCCAGCUCUUGUGCCCUGGGCCACAGCUUCACACCCGUGCACCAGACCCUCCUCAGUGAUGAUCCCACAGCUUCAGACUUCAAGCAGGAAUUCCGCAGGAAAAGCAAGUCUGUGGAAGAGCCCGUCGACAUGGAUUCCCCUGAAAUCAGGGAACUGGAGAAAUUUGCUAAUGAAUUCAAACUGCGGAGAAUUAAACUCGGUUAUACACAAACCAACGUUGGUGAAGCACUGGCUGCUGUGCACGGCUCCGAAUUCAGUCAAACUACCAUUUGCCGCUUUGAGAACUUGCAGCUGAGCUUUAAGAAUGCAUGCAAACUGAAAUCAAUACUGUCCAAGUGGCUGGAAGAAGCAGAACAAGUGGGAGCUUUAUACAAUGAAAAAGUUGGCAUGAACGAGAGGAAGAGGAAGCGCAGAACCACCAUAAGUAUUGCUGCCAAAGAAGCCCUGGAGAGGCACUUUGGAGAACAAAGCAAACCUUCUUCUCAGGAAAUCAUGAGGAUGGCUGAGGGGCUCAAUCUUGAGAAAGAAGUUGUGAGAGUUUGGUUUUGCAACAGAAGACAAAGGGAAAAAAGAGUGAAGACAAGUCUGCAUCAGAAUGCCUUUAGUUCUAUUAUCAAGGAGCACCAUGAGUGCCGGUAA